AUCUCAGCUGUAAAAUGUGAUUGGGCGUAAGAGCUUCCAAGUUGUUUAAAUCAUCAGAAACUUUGUGAUGGGGAGGUCAUUAAGAAUAGCUUCAAUUUCACAAAGGAUGGUGUGAAAAUUCUCAUCAUCCAACGAUUGUUGUUGGAGAGUGGAGUACAGGACCUUCUUUACCAGAUGAAUGAGCCGCUCCCACACGCCACAGUGAUGUGAUGCAGCAGGGGGAUUAAAGUCCAUUUGCGUCCCUCAGAUAGAAACAUGUACGCAGGAUUUAGUCAUGAUCCAGUGUGUUCAAAGCUGUCUGGAGCUCUCUUUCUGCUCCAAUGAAAUUUGUGCCAUUAUCAAACUUUAAUGCAUGAGUCUCAGCCAUUGUUUGUUCUCCCAUCUUGCCCUGUAGACGUUGACAAACAACGCAUUCUGAAAAUUUAUUUCUACAGGCAGAGUUUGCAUUCAUAACUCAUUACCUUUUUUGAAGUGUUGACAUGUGGUUUCCUCCAGCAUGACCUAGUUUUUAUGAACAUGUGGCCAGAUGAGUUUGGAUACAUGGUGUUCCUUCGACAAGAUAACAGGACGUUUCAUCUCUUCUGGCAUCGCUGCUCUACUAAGUCCUCCACCAACUUUGAGCACACCAUCCAUCAACACUGGAUGAAGGUUAUGAAUAUCACAGCUGCUCUUUACUCCAGAUCUUCCAUUUUGCAAGGCAGCAAUCUCUCCCUUGUGCGUUUCUUGUUGAGAAAAUCUGAUGAUUGCCGAAUCUGCAACAGCAAGAUCUUCUACUUCUACUUUGACUAUGUAAUCCAGCCUUGCAGAUCUUCAUUUCCCUUUUGACUCUGUCCUGCUCUGUGAUAGGAUCACCUGUUUCAGAAGAAAGUGAAGACUGAAUGAACCUUCUAUAUUGUCUUAGCUUUAAGAGAACAUCUUUGAACUUUAAAAGCCAUGCCAGUUUUCAGUUUUACACUCGACAGUCAUUCUCACAGAUGUUUCUGGGAGAGACAUUUUUCCGUACAUUGCACAAUCCUAGUCUGAAUGUUUUUAUUAGCCUGUGUGUGUUUAUUAGCCUCUGUGUGCUACUGAGAUCAGGUUUUUCCUCAUAUAUGACAUCGUCCUGCAGGCUGUAUGUAUUACACCACAGCUUUAGUGCACAGGAGCACCUUUCUCAUGUGAUACACAGAGAAGGAAGUGUGUAAUCCAGCUUCAGAUUAGCAGAUGUGGAUCAGAUUAGACAUGAGACAGUAAUGAGCAGCAUAGUGACCUGAGUGAAAAUAGCUUUUUCUAAACUCCAUUCAUUAUUGAAACAGGUCGAUAUAUUGCAUUUCUUAUAGCUGAAGUGAAACCAAAUAUAGAUUUGUUGCAGUAUAUGACAUUGUUCUCAUUUGUCUUCUUAAAGAAAAGAAACAAGUCAGCGUUACGUCAUAUUCUCUGCUCCUCUUCCCUUUUUAGUGCUUAUUUCACUUAUCUGAGUCGGACAAGCUCAAGGUGAUUUAUACAUAUUUUAUUGCCUAUGUUGUGUACAUGUUGGAUUUGUAUUAAGGUGGAGAAGAUUGUUUGUACAUUGUCAUGCAGAAUUUAAGUUGUUUACAUUGACAGUGUGUGUUUGCUUUUUGACUUUUCCAGCCGUGUUUAAACCAGUUCUGUCUGUGGAGACAAUAAAAUUAAUAAUAAAAUUGUGUUUCUGCAGAGAGUCCUAAAGCUGUGGUGACCAUAAAGCCUGAUAAACAUGUGUUCAGAGGAGAGACUGUGACUCUCAGAUGUGAAAUACAGGGAGGAGGAGACACUGAGUGGAAAUACAGCUGGUAUAAGAAAGAUAACACACUCUACCCAUACCGCACAACACAGGAGUUCAGCUUCAGCUCAGUUAGAAAUGAUGACAGUGGUGAAUACACCUGCAGAGGGAGGAGAAGUGACUCUCAGAGCUCAGAGAUCAGUGAUGCUGUUACACUCACUGUAUCAGGUGAGUGUGUGAGUUUGUUUUAUCUCGUCAUUAAUUAUAUAUAACAAGAUGAUCACUCUGUAUGAUUUUAUUUAUUUUAUUUCUUUACCUUUGUUGUCCAUCAGAUGCAGCAGAGGCAGUAGUGAGUGUGUCUCCACUGCGCUGGCUGACUGAAGGAGACUCAGUGACUCUAAGCUGUGAGGUUAAACACUCCUCUACAGGCUGGACAUUCAGCUGGUACACAGAGGUUCCCUCCAGAGACAGUCAGGGUUCCCUCAGGUACAGUACAGCACUCCUCUCAGACAGCAGCAGAGGAUCUGGAGGCUCCUACACUCUCAGUCCUGUUACUGUGAAGCACACAGGAGUUUAUAUGUGCAGAGCAGAGAGAGGAGAACCAGUCUUUCACACACGGGACAGUAACCUACAGCCACUGUGCAUCACUGGUGAAUCUCCUCCAGUGUCUCUGAUCAUCAAUCCCAGCAGAACUCAACACUUUACUGCUGACUCUCUCUCACUGAGCUGUGAGGACCAGAGUGACUCUACUGGAUGGACAGUGAGAGGAUACACACACAGUGAGACAGUGUCUGAUUGUUCAUCAGGUUCAGGAUCUACAUGUAACAUCAGCUUCCUCUCUACAUCACACACUGGAGUUUACUGGUGUCAGUCUGAAUCUGGAGGACGCAGUAAUCCUGUCAACAUCACAGUGCACAAUGGUCAUGUGAUCCUGGACAGUCCUGUCCAUCCUGUGACUGAGGGACAUCCUCUGACUUUACAUUGUUUAUCUCGCAACUCAAAGACCUCAGCUUCUGGUGUUGAUUUCUAUAAAGAUGGUUCAGUCCUGCAGAAGAAGACUACAGGAGAGAUGACCAUCAGUACUGUCUCAAAGUCAGAUGAAGGUUUCUACCACUGUAAACACCCAGAGAGAGGAGAGUCACCGAAAACCUGGGUUUCAGUCAGCUUUCAAAUUUCCUCAGACUCAGGGUCUGGAUCCAGUAUUGAUAUAGUAUUUGUGUCUGUGGGACUGAGUUUGGCCUUGCUGUUCAUCAUCCUUUUACUGAUCCUGCGUUGGUGGCACAAAUCCAACAAAGGAAAGGACAGAGACAUACAGCAGAACAGCAAUCAGACACCAGGCCAGAACCCGAGUCAGUCAGGAGCUGAGGAUUCUCAGUCAGGACACACUCCACUUCAGACCGAUGUGCACAUUUAUGCCACUGUGGAGAACGCAAGUAAAAGUGACUCUGCAGCUGAACCCAGUGGGGACAUUUACACAAAGGUCAUGAAGAAAAAGGAGCCACACAACAAUAAAAAUGAUGUUGCUGGACCCAGUGACGUGACUUACACUGAGCUUGAACUCAAGCCACAGAAAAAAACAAAGAAAAAUCAAGGUAAAGCUAUCUUUGCAUGCGUAUGCAGGUACAUCAACUUUGAAUGUUUUCUGAUUUAUUAACCAAUUCAUUUAGUUCAUGUCUAUUUAACAGUUGAGAUGGGCUACAGUUGAUUGUGGACAUUAAUUCAGCGUUUCUUGUUUACAUCUAGUGAAGGCCAGUGUAGAGUAUGGAACUGUUUACUCACAGCUGAAGCAGAGCACAUAGGUAAGACAAAAUUUGUUCUCAAA